UCCACCCCGCCCGGGUCCCAGCAGCACAGAGCCACAGCUGCGGCGAAAGGAGGAGGCUACAACACACAGACCGAACAACGCUGCCAUUGGGGAGGACCGGUGAUACAGCAAAACCAAGCGCCACAUCGUGGAAAUUCAAUGGGAUGGAUUAAACCUUUUUACGCCACCGUUUAGCGAUCGUAUCGGGACUUACGUCACGGUGCCACGGAUAAAAGCUCGCUUCAUUUGUAGCUUUCUUUGAGCGUGAAUACCUAAAUACGUCUCAGUUGGAGCCCGUGUUUAGCUCAGCGAUGAUGGAUACUUGAAGCUAGCUAAGCCCGACGUUACUUCUCUCCCAGGCGAGUAGCGGGUAGCUAUAAACUUGCUCGGUCGCUCGUCUGUUGCCCUAAUUUUAAUACGCGUGGCCAUUAUCCCGGACAGUAUGUUAACUCGUGAGUAACCAAAAACCACAAACUGAAAACGCCGGUAAAAUACAACUGGUGUCAGCUGACGCUAGCUUGCUAGCCACACGUAAAGCGGCUACCAGCUUCGCGUGUCAUUCGAACAUUUUAUCGGGAGGAGGGAGUGAAUAUAGCCAGUAGUGCGACAUUUCGCCUUUAUUUCAGAUAGACCGUCUGAUCAAUAAUAAUCACAAAUUUUUCGAGGGGGUUGUGUUGUCCGUUCAUCGUAGUUUCGUCAAAACGGCGGCGUUAACGUGCUUCAACUUUGUUACAUACUGUCAGAGACCGACUACCGCCCGGAUUUUCUUAAAAUGCAUCAUCCGGACCCCACCGGAGACUCUGGCAGUGUUAGGAAGAUGUCGCAGCCGGCUGCCUUUCAUAGAAGGGGGAGCAACACCGGCAGCGGGAGCGGCUCCUCGCUGUCAACACCGGUGGCCACCAACAGCCACGGCUCGGCCGCUGAAGAAUAUCAGACCUCCCUGUUGAUUCAGUGCCAAACUCCAGCUGGCUCAUCCUCCCCGGGUCCCCACCAUCCUCCUUCCCACAGCCUGAAUCUACAUUCCCAGGCCACGCAGUCUGCUGGGGCUCAGAUGAAAAAGAAGAGUGGUUUCCAGAUCACGAGCGUGACGCCGGCGCAGAUAUCUGUGAGUACCAACAACAGUAUUGCGGAGGACACGGAGAGCUACGAUGACCUGGAUGAGUCCCACACAGAGGAUCUGUCGUCGUCGGAAAUCAUGGACGUCUCUCUUUCGCGGGCUAACGACGUAGUCGGGGCAGAGAGGAGCUCCUCUGAGGAGACGCUGAAUAAUUUUCACGAGGCUGAAACUCCAGGGCUGCUGUCACCAAACCAGCCUUCACACCCCCAUUCUCUGAAUCAAGCGCCGCAGCACGGUGGGGGUAUGGUGAAUGGGACUGUGCACCGUCAUCCUCACCAUCAGAACCACGCCCAGGGCUACCCACUGUCUUCUGGUUCUGUGGGCGCCUCAGCUACCCAUGCCUCUGUCAUUCAGAAAAUGCCUUCUAAUGUUGGGGUCUCUCAAGAGGCACCCCCUGCAAACAUUGUUUCUCAGCCUGCGGUGAUGGUGGGCCUGGGAUCCACUCCUGGAAUGCACAGCUCUGCUACGGGCACUCCAGUUAGUAUAGUUAAUCCCCAGACCAGCAGUGUUAGUAAUGUGAAUACGUUGAGCUCUGCCAAUGUGCCUAUGAGGGGGGGAAUAAGCACGAGUGCGAGCAACAGCUCCAGAGGGUUUCCUCUCAAUCCGAAAAGCGGUGCUGCGGGUGGUGGAGGUGGCUCCGCAGCAUCUGGGGGCAACCUCAUGACUAACAACAAUAACACAGUGAUUCAGCAACAACAAACUCUCAACUCUAACAUGUCUCUGACUACGACAACCACUUCAGCUGUUACUGUUGCCAGUGCCUCGAGUGGAAUCCAGGGACGACAGGCUUCCGCGUCUAUGAGCGCCGCUGUUACCGUUUCAUCUAUUCCUGCUCAACCUUCCCCAGCGCCUGCAACAGUGGUUGCUCACACCAGUUCUCGCUUCAGGGUGGUGAAGUUGGACUCGAGUUCCGAGCCCUUCAAGAAGGGUAGAUGGACAUGCACUGAGUUUUAUGACAAGGACGCCCCAAACUCUGCUUCUUGCUCAUCUACAUCUGAUGCUGGCAGCAUGCGGCAGUUUGUCUCUGAGAACUUUGCUGGGUCCUCAGAGAGGGAAAGCACAAGUGGUAGCUCUGUGAGUAGUACUAUGAGCACAGUGAGCCAUUAUAUGGAAAGUGUCUGCAGCGGGGAGACUGGGGUACCCCCAGUUUCCCAACACGCACAGGAAUACGCCUCCCCUCCUCAGGGUUUUCAAGCAGGCCUUCCCGGUGGCUUCGUGGGUAUGGGUGUGUCUCAAUCGCAACCGCUUUUAAAUCCCCAAGACAUCACCCAUUCAAAUAUCAAGACUAACAUGGUUGCCUCGACUCCCCCACACACGAAUCCGCCUGUACCUGUGCACAGCCACUCGAUCACCAGUGGAAUGCCUAUUUCUGCGUCGCCCCAGCAACAGCUUACCUACGCGCAGGCAGUUGCGAACCAACCCCCAAGCUCCACACAAGGCCUUGUGGGUGUUCAGCAGCACCAGCAUUAUGGCGCACCUCCCCAACACCCAUCUGCUGCCCCGGUACAAAUGAGACCCCCCGAGUACAGCCAGGCACAUCAAGGUAUUCCCCAAGCUCCCGCCUCCCAGCAUCGAUUGAACCAAGCUGGACUAAGUUCUUCAGGGCAAGGUAAUGGAGCAUGUCAGAUGAUGGGAGGCCUCCAGCAGUCACCGGUAAUCCUCCAAAGUCAACCCCACCAGCCCUCGUCUCUCCAGGCUAGUAACUCCAGUACUGCCUUUCAUGUCGGAGUAGCAGCUCAACAGCCACCGAGCCUUGCUGCGCACCUGGAUUUCCAGCAACAGAAACCACAGUCUCUCCCAACUCAAGUCCAAAACCUUGGUCUGUGCACCCAGUUACCCACUACAAUUCAGAGCCAGGUGGCUGCACCCAGUGUGCCUCCAAACUCUGACCCCCAUGCCCUGCCACAAGUUCUCAAUGUAGGCAACAAUAGAAUGCUCCCACAGGGUGUUCCCCAGAGUUUGUCCCAGGACCUCAGCAGUACCCAGGCCCUGGCCCACGCUGCUCAGGCUAGCGCCCUCUAUGCUAGUCUGCCCACCUUCACUACUACUCAGCUGCAGGAUGCCCAGCGACUCCUCCUUCAGCACCAGUCCGCUCUGCUGGGAUUGCCAAAGCUUUCCGGCGGGGACUCGGGAUCUGGAUCGAACGCUGGCCAGGGUCAGGAAGCUGAAGGCAACGCUACCAUCGCCAGUGCCUUAACUGCAUCAGCUGGUCUUAAAACUCUGGAUGGAGAGGAGGAUGGCUCGUCGGGAGCAAGUGUUGUGGCCAUCGACAACAAGAUCGAACAGGCAAUGGACCUGGUAAAGAGUCACCUGAUGUAUGCUGUGCGCGAGGAGGUGGAAGUCCUGAAGGAGCAGAUCAAGGAGUUGAUCGACCGCAACUCCCAGCUGGAGCAGGAAAACACCCUGCUCAAGACGCUGGCCAGCCCGGAGCAGAUGGCUCAGUUCCAGGCGCAGGUCCAGACCGCCUCGCCGCCCCCGGCCUCCUCGACGGUCGCCGCCUCGGGUCCCGCUCCCACCCUCGCUCAAGCUGCCUCGCACACCUCCGGGCCCUCGGCGUAGCCCGGCGUGCCGAGAAUGACUCGACACUGCUUCUGCUGACGACGACGACGACGAGGAGGAGUUGGUGUUGAUCCAAGAAUUUGCACAUAUUUAUCCUUGAGAAGGUUGCAUCCAGUGGGACAAGUUCUGAACAAGGUGACAAUCCUGCGACUCAUUGAACAUUUGCCAAAAAAAAAAAAAAAAAGUGGACAUAUCAGCUAGAAUGUCUUCACAACAAUAAGCAAAACCCACAUUCUUCAACACAUGCUGAAAAGAUCACUGUGCCUGUGUGUGGAUUUUAGGCGAUGUCAAUUUUACUAAUGUUACUUGUGGAAGGAGAAGAGGGUUUUUGAUUUUUUGUUUUGUUUUUGUGUAAAUAUGUCUCAUGCCUAGAAACUGUUACGUUGAAAGAAAAGAAAGGCCUUCCCAGAAUGACAACGAAUGUGAGCAAAUACCAAGACCAGGUCCCCAUCUGGAAUGGGGUGGGGGGGUGGUAGGGAGUUCCAGACUUUGCAUAACAGUUUACUUGGCUUUGGUGAAACAAACUUAGAGAUGUUUUUUCUUAUAUUUUCAGUAUUUCUUUUUCACAUUUCUUAUCUCUCUGCAGUGGCAUGGAAUUGAAACAUUGUUUGGCAGGCAAAAGAAACGUGUAUAUUUCUGUAUAGUGUAAGUAAACAUGUAAAAUAGCGAGAGGAAGAGAACAGACGCAUCAGUAUCUUUGUCACACGGCACACGCGACGACGUGUUUGCCUCGCCCCCGACCGACUGUUGUCUAUUUUUAAAAGCUUGUAUUUUCAGGAUCUAAAGGAGUUUGGCUAUUUAAAAUGACAAAAGUGCAGCAAACAGUCUGUUAACCGCCACUGCGAUAUUCACUCUUACUGAACAACCAUUUUUCUCUUUUUUUCUUUUCUGAUGUAUUGCACUUUUUUAUGAUUUUUAGUUUUCUUUUUGUUUGUUGUUUUUGGACAGUGAAAUACUUCUGGCUGAACAGUGUAUGAAUAUCUCAAGAUUAGAAGAAACAACCUGCAACUUCUUGAUGUUUUUCCACUACAUUCUGUGUAUCGGUUGUAUGCUCAUGACGUUUUUUGUGCAUGUUUCUGCAAGGCUGGAUGAGAAGUUGUAACAUAACAUAACUGCAAUUGCACUUGAAAGCUGCACUUCAAGUUUCAUUAAAAUGGUAAAUGUU